AUGGGGAAGCCAAAGAAAAAGAGUGACAUUAGCCGAGCAGAGCUGAUGAUGAUGACCAUCGCAGACGUCAUCAAGCAGUUGGUUGAAGCCCAUGAACAGGGCAAAGACAUCAAUCUCAACAAGGUGAAGACGAAAACCUCUGCUAAGUACGGACUGGAAGCUCAACCCAGACUGGUCGACAUCAUCGCAGCUGUUCCACCUCAGUACCGUCGGGUUCUUGUACCCAAACUUAAAGCCAAACCCAUCCGUACUGCCAGUGGGAUUGCAGUGGUGGCUGUGAUGUGCAAACCACAUAGAUGUCCUCACAUUAGCUUCACUGGAAACAUCUGUGUCUACUGUCCCGGUGGACCUGACUCUGAUUUUGAAUACUCCACACAGUCGUAUACCGGCUAUGAGCCAACGUCCAUGAGGGCGAUCCGAGCACGUUAUGACCCCUACCUACAGACCAGACAUCGAGUGGAGCAGCUGAAGCAGCUGGGCCACAGCGUGGACAAGGUGGAGUUCAUCGUGAUGGGCGGCACCUUCAUGGCUCUCCCUGAGGAGUACAGAGACUACUUCAUCAGGAACCUCCAUGACGCCCUGUCAGGGCACACCUCCAACAACGUGGCCGAGGCCGUCAGGUACUCGGAGCGCAGCAACACCAAGUGCGUGGGAAUCACCAUAGAGACGCGGCCAGACUACUGCCUGAAGCGCCACCUCAGCGACAUGCUGAGCUACGGCUGCACCCGGCUGGAGAUAGGAGUGCAGAGUGUUUAUGAGGAUGUGGCUAGAGACACCAACAGAGGCCACACAGUGCGAGCUGUGUGUGAGUCUUUCCAACUGGCAAAGGACGCCGGGUUUAAAGUUGUUGCUCACAUGAUGCCGGACCUUCCCAACGUUGGCAUGGAGAGAGACGUGGAGCAGUUCAUCGAGUUCUUUGAGAAUCCGGCGUUCCGGCCCGACGGUCUGAAGCUCUACCCGACGCUGGUGAUCCGAGGCACGGGUCUGUAUGAGCUGUGGAAGACGGGCCGCUACAAGAGCUACACGCCCAGCGCCCUGGUGGACCUGGUGGCCCGCAUCCUGGCCCUGGUGCCGCCCUGGACACGAGUGUACCGGGUUCAGAGGGACAUCCCCAUGCCGCUGGUGAGCUCCGGCGUGGAGCACGGCAACCUGAGGGAGCUGGCGCUGGCUCGGAUGAAGGACAUGGGCACCGAGUGUCGAGACGUUCGGACCCGAGAAGUCGGCAUUCAGGAGAUUCACCACAAAGUCCGGCCUUACCAGGUGGAGCUGGUGAGGAGGGACUACGUGGCUAACGGCGGCUGGGAGACCUUCCUGUCCUAUGAAGAUCCGGAGCAGGACAUCCUCAUUGGCCUGCUGCGUCUGCGCCGCUGCUCUCCUCAGUCUUUUCGUCCGGAGCUGAAAGGAGGGGUGUCCAUCGUCCGCGAGCUGCACGUCUACGGCAGCGUGGUCCCAGUCAGCAGCAGAGACCCCAGCAAGUUCCAGCAUCAGGGCUUCGGUAUGAUGCUGAUGGAGGAGGCGGAGAGAAUCGCCAGGGAGGAACACAGCUCAGAGAAACUGGCCGUCAUCUCUGGUGUAGGAACCAGGAACUACUACAGGAAGAUGGGCUAUGAGCUGGAGGGGCCCUAUAUGACCAAGCAGCUCUACAGUGCAGGACUGGACUGAACUCACACCUGCUUCUUUUUAUCUGGAAGAUCCAAACCGAACCACAAACACACCUGUUAUUUUUUUUUUUUCUGUUAAUACAGUUCCUGCCGUUAUUUUUUAGAGAAACUUUCAGUGUGGAAGGAGAUAAUGCUGGGCUUUUUUCCAGAGGCCGUCCAUCUGCUAUUAUCUGGAGCUGCUGCAUUGGCUCUGCUUUAUUUAGAUAAGCAGGCGUGCGAAGCGGGGCUAUUUGGGACGACGUCAGCGCCAUCCGAUGUGGAAUCUGACGUUUCAACACCUGAGGACCCCCGACACGCCUCUGCGGUUGAACUAACUCUCAUGUAAAAACUAUAGAGGGAGCUGGGGUUGAACGUUGCAUGUUUGUACUGGUUUAGCGUCACGCUUUGAGUUAAGCAUGUUUAUGUUGCAAUCAUUUGAAAGCAAACGCGCAGCGCUCCUCAAUGCUCGGCCGCCAACGGGGGGAAUCCUCACCAGGGAGCUGCUGGGUAAUUGAAAGAUUUGAAAUGAUGAGGCAGGAAAGGAGUCUUAGGGUUACAUAAACAGCUUUUAUUAAAUCUUGUUUUGUCUAAAACACAUUCUAGGAAUAUCAUAGCAACUUUUUUUAAAGAAUAAAGUAUUUUUCAGGCUA